GGGCCGGGACAAGCAGGCGGCACUGAGCGAGACAAGAAGCGCAAGGAGCUGGGUGUGGGGUCGCCGGCUUUCGUUCUCUUUCCCCCGUGUCAUUUAAGCGCUGCUGGGGGACCCCCGGCCGCACAGUCUCCCGUCCCUGCUGGGCCUCCCCCCUGUGUAUGAGGAGCCGGCCGAGCUGAGGCCCCAGGCGGAGGGAGUGAGACGGACACAGCGCCCAUGGCGAAAAAGACGUACGACCUGCUCUUCAAGCUGCUGCUGAUCGGCGACUCCGGGGUCGGCAAGACCUGCGUGCUCUUCCGCUUCUCGGACGAUGCCUUCAACACCACCUUCAUCUCCACCAUCGGAAUAGACUUCAAGAUCAAAACCGUGGAAUUGCAAGGGAAAAAGAUCAAGUUACAGAUAUGGGACACCGCAGGCCAGGAACGGUUCCACACCAUCACAACCUCUUACUACAGGGGAGCCAUGGGAAUUAUGCUUGUGUAUGACAUCACCAAUGCCAAAAGCUUUGAGAACAUCAGCAAGUGGCUCAGAAACAUAGAUGAGCAUGCCAAUGAGGAUGUGGAGCGGAUGCUAUUAGGAAACAAGUGUGACAUGGAAGAUAAGAGAGUGGUGCCCAAAGCAAAAGGAGAGCAGAUUGCUCGGGAACACGGAAUUAGGUUUUUUGAGACUAGCGCAAAAGCAAAUGUAAACAUUGAGAAGGCAUUCCUCACGUUAGCAGAAGACAUACUUCGAAAGACUCCAGUUAAAGAGCCCAACAGUGAAAAUGUAGAUAUCAGCAGCGGAGGCGGAGUCACAGGCUGGAAGAGCAAAUGUUGCUGAGCGUCUCUGGUUGCAACUGUCACAUCCACUACCCUUACACCUUCCCCUCCCCCUGCAACAUAAACCACUCCCCUCCCCCCACCUCUUCUCCUCCCCCCCAUCCAUUUUAACUUUAAUAUGAAUGUUUCCUGACCUCUUCUCUCAUAUUAACAAGAGUAUCUCCCAUUGCCUCAUGUAGAGGAUGCUUGCUGGGAUCUUUUUCUCUAGACAAAAUGUAUAAAACAUGGGAAAAAGACCCCCCCACACACACACCUAUACACACCUACACACACACACAUACACACACCUAUACACACACACACUUACAAAGAGUUAAUAAAUCAUGUUUGUGACAUCUCUCGUUACCAUGACCCAGUCAAUACAUUUUGGUUGUAUCAUUGUAAUCCAGUUCUGUCAUUACUAAAAUGGGAAGAAAGUCGAGCGGAGCCUUCAGCCAUUCUUACACUUCUGUUCUGGGGGAAAUAAAGCCCUGUACGACAAUAAA